AUGUUCCACUUUAAGGCGUCAAAUGCGACAGAAGUGUCCCCGCGUACACAAAGGGGACGUCGCCACACGAAUAAAAAGACGGCCCAUUCCCAUCGUUUGGUUGGAGGACUGUGGUCGAAGAAACCCAAGCACUGGAUCGUCCUACUGGUUGGUCAAGUUCGAGGACCUUCUGAGCACAGUGGGACCGGUGGACCUGUCGUCGCGUCACUGAUACGCACCGAUCGCGUGACGCGCGUAUUUCAGUACAUUCCACUCUCCCUCACCUUUGACUUCCACUCAAACAAUCCUGUGUCGUCGGCCUCGAGUACUGACAUUACAGAAGCAGUGUCGUUGGAUUAUGGACGCACAUGCUGGAGGCACAAAAGGCAGUGUUUGAUCACCUGCCAAUCAGCGCUUCGGUCCGUAGUCGACCAGGUGCUAAAGUGCACCACUGCGGGCAUCUGGACGCGUCAUAGGCGGGACUGUCGGAGAUUGUCGGGAAAUGAGCGCACUUUGACCAGGUUUCGAAUGUCCGCGAGUGUCCCCGCAGAGUGGGACGACCACCGGUCAUCAAGUGACUCCUGCGAUCGAAGUACCGCUUCCUUGCGUCGACGAGAUGCAGAAGCUGCUCGCCCCGUGGAAAUUUGCAUCAAGGCUCUUGGUCCUUGUCGUCUACACUCUCGAGCUCUUCUUUUCACUAGACGACCCCGGAGCUCCCGUGGCUUUGAUGCAAAGUGUUGA